AUGGCUCCGCGCGUCGCUGGCAAGCGGCAGAAGCAGGAGCGAGCGGCAAGGGCGGCGGACGAUGCGGAGAAGGCGAAGGAGCUAGAGAGCAUUCUGUUCGGCAAAUCAAGCGAUUACGUGGCAGACCUUGGAAAUGAGCUAGCAGCGGGAGAUGUAGACAGGGAACCUUCCGCGGACCUUCCGCCGAGCAGCGAGGAUUUGAUCACCGCGCAUUUCGGCGGAGAACCCGGCGAAGAAGGCGGGGAUGCGGAGGGUUUGGCAGGGGGCGAGGUUCUGCUGGGGUUUAUCGACCGCAAGAAGCAGCGAGUGGAGGAGGAGGAUGGGCGGAAGGGUUCGAAGGGGAAGAAGCGCAAGGUGAAGGGUUUAGAGGCGGAGGCGGAGAAACCCGCGUGGGUGGACGAGGAGGACGAGACGCUGGUUGUGACUAUAGCGGGGCAGAAUCGGCUGAGGAAGCUGCGGAAGGAGGAGGACGAGGUGGCUGUAUCGGGGGUGGAGUAUCAGCAGCGGUUGCGUGCGCAACACGCUAGGUUGAACCCGGGAACGAGCGAUCUGGAGCAGGAGAGAGCUGCUAUGGGGGUGGGAGAGGACGAGGAUGAGGAUGGAGAGAGUGAGGGAGACGAGGAUCAGGACGGAUUUGAUGCGGAUGAGAUUCUCCGCAACAUGCCAAUGCUUGCCGGCCAGAGCAAGGACCGAGCCAGCCAGCGCACCACCCACCGCCUGCCGCCCGGGCGGAUCCGAAUCUCCCGCGUGCGCGACGCCAACUGGCAGGCCCCCACUGGCGCCAGCGCCAUCACUCCCGUCGCGCCGUCCCGCGCGAUCCAGUCGCUGAGCUGGCACCCGAACGGGCAGCUGCUGCUGUGCGGGAGCAUAGAUGGACGGGUGAGAUUCGUCCACGUGGACGGUGAGGAGAACCCUGAGCUGCAGUCCAUCUACUUUGAAAACGUGCUCGUGCGCACCGCUGCUUUCACUGCUGACGGCACCCAGGUGGUUGUGGCGGGGCGCAACGGCCGUAACGCCAGUCGCGGUUACGCGACGGGCGAGGCGUUCAACGGUUACCACGUGUACGAUAUCGGUGCGGGGCGAGUCGCCCGCGUGGAUGGGAUAAUCGGGCGGCCGAAGCGCGACCCGCCGCUGACCCGCUUCGCCCUGUCCCCGGACGGAGGCAAGGCGGCGUUCCUGUGUCGCGACGGGUUCAUCGUUCUUGUGUCACUCAAGUCCCGGCAGUGGAUGGGCAACCUCAAACUCAACGGCUCCGUCUCCUCCGUCUGCUUCGCCCCCCCUGUUCCCUCCGAUGCUGCUGCCGGCGCUGGCGGGUCUGAUAGUCCGAGCGGGCAGGCCCUGACAGGGGAGCAUCAGAUGCUGGCGACAGGCAGCGACGGGGAGGUGUAUCACUUUGAUCUGCGCAUGAUGCGCUGCAUUCACAGGCGUGCAGACGACGGCUGUGUGAAGGGCACUGCCAUUGCAGCGUCCCCAGACGGGCGGCAUUUCGCGGCUGGAUCUGACUCCGGAGUGGUGAACCUCUAUGACCGCCCGGCCUUCCUCCGCUCAGGACCCUUUGGAAGCAUAUCAUCAGCAGAAGCAGCACUGGGAACGGGAGGUUUGAGCCGCUACAGCGAGAAACCGCUGCAGCGGGCAUUCAUGAACCUGACGACGGAGAUUGACGCGCUCUCCUUCAACCACGACGGCCGCAUUCUCGCCCUUUCCUCCCGCGAGCAGCGCGACUCGCUGCGACUGGUGCACGUGCCGUCGCGCUCCGUGUUCUUCAACUGGCCCACCGAGCGCACGGCUCUGCAGUUCGUGCACGCGGUGGAGUUCAGCCCUCACAGCGGGUACCUGGCUGUUGGGAACCGGCGGGGGAAGGUGCUGCUGUUCCGAUUGAGGCACUAUGACAGGGCUUAG